AAAACGUAACAUUCCAAAAUGGCGGCGAAAUGUGACCUGUCUUCUUUGCCUGUCAUUCCUUUGGCGAAUAUCUUCUCUUUUUUGGACAAAAAAGACUUGGCACGGUGCAGUCAGGUUUGCCCUCGGUUCAAUCAAGUCGCAUCUGGCCUCCCUGCUUGGAAACGAUGGUGUAAAGAAGUUUGGUUGCUUGAAGAAUGCCCUCAAGGCAGAACUUGGAAGCAGUUGUUCUCAGAAUGGAAGACGAACUGGGGUCGAUACGAGUCGUGUUUCGCCUCCAUUAAACGGGCGUGGAACAUUAUUGAAGAGUUUACCAAGCUUCACUGCCCGGAAAUUUUUACCUCAUUGAAUCAUGGGCUCACGGAGGAAGAAAUUGAUGUAACAGAAUUAGGAAGGCUUAAUGGUAUUAGUUGAAUUUUCUAUUAACUGAAAUUGUCAUUGUUGAGUUUCCAAUUUUUUAUGUACUUUUUUUUGUCAAAGAAAUCACUUCUUGGUAGUACCUGUCAUAACUUAAUUCAAUUCAAUUCAAUUUUAUUUUUCACACUUUAUAAAAUAUUCACAUUAUAUAUAGUAAGGUAGGAAUACACUAAUAAAGGAGAAGAAGAAGGAAAAAAAAGAAAAUUAAUGGCUUGGAUAGAAGUGUACGGUGGUCAGAGGAGCUUAGCUUUCGAGCUAACCACCGCUGUAUUAUGAUUGGAAAUACAUAAUAAAUGUGCGCUUGGUGCGAUGGCAACUAUGGAUGAUUAUGCCAGCAGUCAGGUUAUGUGAGACAGUCAUAUUACAACAAUUAUUAACAAUUAUUGUUACCUUUGAGAGUUAACUAGAGUUCACUUAUAUUCUAUUUUGAACUUAUGGUAGCUAAGUGUUUUUAUCUUAGUAGGAAUCUCUUCCCAAGUUUUGGUUAUGGCAAACUUAAAUGUGUGUUUGCCGUAAUUUGACCUUACACGUGGUACAUGAAAGUUAAGAUUUGAGGCAUAUCUGGUAUUGUGUGAGUGAAUAUCAGCAAGCCAGGUCAGGGUAAUUUUCAUCAAAGAACUACUCGCGGUGGGAAAUUUUUCCAUUGUUGAAUAAUUUUUUCUAUUAACUCGAAUUGUCACUGUUGAUUUUCCUUUAAAAAAAAGUUUGAAGAAAUCGCUCCUUGGUAAUAGUACCUCAUAACAAGCCACCCCAAAUUAUUUUAUUCUGUAGGCUGUAAGCUUCCAACCGACCUAAGAUGCUCACUUCGUAUCCACAAUGGACAGCGCCUUGUCAGUCCAGGUCUGAUUGGUUCCAUGGCGAUAUCAAACCACUAUCAAAGUGAAUCUCUUCUGGAGCUCAAUGUGGCAUCAAGCGGUCUUCAGCGAAGAGAUGGCCUACGUAACUGUAUUCCAGUUUCUUUUUGUGUGAAUACUGGAAAUGGACAAUUCAUGGCUCUUACAAAUGAAGAAGGGCAUAACCCUGGAGAAAUCUUUUGGCCAAGCCCUGACCGCACUGUUGACAAUUUUGAUAUUGCUCCUAUGCGGAUGCACCAUUUUCUUGGUGGGAGCAAUUUUGCGGAAUGGCUCGUUACCUAUGCAGACCAGUUGUCAAGGAACUGUUACCCCAUUAUUAAAAAUGAAAUCUUUAAGUUUCUGUUUUCCGCCACAACUACCACACAGGGAAUCACCGUCACCACAACCACUGCAUUUCUCCCAGAACUAAGCAGUGUGAAACCUCCACUGUUCUUCUUUACCUAUCGCAUCUCAAUAUCAAUGGGGACUGAGUGCUCUGUGGUGAGUGUCAAGGACAGUGGCAUCUGUUGUUACUGUGCAUAUGUGAAUGCUUUAUACAGCACAUUUAAGUCUGCGAACAUUCGCCACUAGAUGUAAAGGUUUUUUGGCAGUUUAUGAAUAUUAUUAGUGCAAACAUGAUAUUCCUUUCUCGGGUUAAGAUGAACUCAACAAAUUGGCCUGCUCUCAAUGUAUGGGUCUUCAUAGCUCAUUUGGUAGAGGACUGCGGGGUAACGCAGAGACCAUGAGUUCGAAUCCCAUUGAAUUCCAGAAAUUUUCUUGGAGUUAAUUUGCAAUUGCUUAAAUUGCAAUUACCACUGCGAUGAUCACAUCUUCAUUUAAACAUGAUAUUACAAAGAACCUUUAUAGUAUGCAUAUGGAGGUCUUGUUUUCUAGAAGAAAACAGAAUGCCAUUCAUUAUGCUGGGGUUUUGUUAUUUGCGCUUUGUUGCAUUGAGGUGUCACUGCAUAUGAGAUUUAAGUAGAUUUAACAAUAUUGCCUAGAAAUUUCUAAAGCCCAGGAAAGGCUAAACAUUUGUGGAUAUUUAUCACCACAAGAUUUUGGUAAUAAAAUGUGAAAAAGAACAUGUGCUUGGUUAUAAAGCAAUGGAAAAUGUGUAGUAUUGAAUGGUUAUAACAUGGUGUGAACAAUAGCGAAAAUUAGUACAACAGAGACAAUGGUCUAUAUUAUUCUUGAUUUUUGCCUGCAUAACAUUUUUAGCUGGUCAAAGUAGCCUGUCAACUGCAAACAGUCAUCUGGAGUGGUUUGCCCCUUAAGUAUUUUUUAAAAAAGAUUAGAGUGUAGUAUUGACCAUAUGCUACUUUGGUUUCUCUACCUUUCAGAUGGACAAAUGUCAACUGACAACUCGACACUGGUACAUUACUGAUGCUAAUGGCGUCAAAGAAGAGGUCCAUGGUGAUGGAGUUGUUGGUGAAUUUCCUGUAAUGUACCCUGGGGCCCUACAUGAGUACAUAAGUUGUACCACAUUUUCUACCCCAACAGGGCUCAUGGAGGGGCAUUAUGUGUUUAAAUAUUUGAAUAAAAAGGGCACAUUUAAUGUCAAGAUUCCACCUUUGAAUUUCAAGAGCCUUCCUUUUGUAGUUGAAGAGAAGAGGAUUUCAAACUUGUCUGAGAGUAGAUGUGAAGGAAACAGCACCAGUUCAGGCUCGGAUGACUAAAAGAGCAUAAAUUUAUGUCCCUAUGGAAGUGGACAUUUGAUGUUAUAAUAAUUUAUUAUUUAUUAUUAUUUAUUAUUCCUUUAAAAUAUUUUGCCAUUUCUGAUUGGCUCAAACUCUCCGGCUUAUUCUUCAUAACCAACCGGUGUUGACCAAACCUCUGUUUAAAUCCUGAAACUGUGCAGAGAAAUAGGCCAAAGUUUUGAAGAAAGUUUAUGUGGAGGUAAGCUUGUUAAAAACUUGGAAAUAUUUUAAUGAAUAAUAAAACAAUAAUAAUUAUUAUUGCAUUUGGCUUCCGUAUGAUAUGAACAAUUGUGC